CCAGCAACUCCAACAAAACAAAAACACAAAGAGGCGGAUUAAACAAAGUCAUUACCAACUGAAAUAACAGCCAUUCCACAACUGCAUUUUCAUUGCAUUCUUCUUCAAAUUCAAUCCAAUUCAACCCAAAACACAACCCAAAUCAGAAAAAUGGAGCAAACCCUCCUGAACAACUCACCAAUCUCCACACCCAUUAAAUUUUUCCACCGCAAACCCACAAAAAAUCGAUCAAAAUCAAAUCUUUGCACCACUGCAAUUCAAUCCCAAACCAGUAAACCAAUGGGGCCCUUCACAGGAAGAGACCCAAAUGUGAAAAAACCGGUAUGGUUAAGACAAAAAGCCCCACAAGGGGAGAAAUUUGAGGAAGUGAAGCAAUCACUGUCCAAUUUGAAACUGAACACUGUCUGUGAAGAAGCUCAAUGUCCUAACAUUGGAGAGUGUUGGAGUGGUGGUGGUGAUGGGAUUUCUACUGCUACUAUUAUGCUACUGGGGGAUACUUGUACACGUGGCUGUAGAUUUUGUGCUGUUAAAACUAGUCGAAAUCCGGCUCCUCCUGAUCCCUUGGAGCCUCAGAAUACUGCUUUGGCUAUUGCUAGUUGGGGUGUGGACUAUAUUGUUCUGACGAGUGUGGAUCGGGAUGAUCUGCCUGAUGGUGGAAGUGGGCAUUUUGCUGAGACUGUUCAAGUUAUGAAGAAGCUCAAACCGGAGAUUAUGGUUGAGUGUUUGACCUCUGAUUUUCGUGGCGAUUUAAAGGCUGUAGAAACUUUGGUGCAUUCUGGAUUAGAUGUCUUUGCCCAUAACAUUGAGACUGUCAAAAGGCUUCAAAGAAUUGUUAGAGACCCUCGAGCUGGGUAUGAACAGAGUUUAUCAGUUUUAAAACAUGCGAAGGACAACAAUGAGGGAAUGAUAACUAAAUCUUCUAUUAUGUUGGGUCUCGGAGAAACUGAUGACGAGUUGAAGGAAACUAUGGCCGACUUAAGGGCAAUAAAUGUUGAUAUUCUGACACUUGGACAAUAUUUACAGCCAACUCCAUUACACUUGACUGUUAAAGAGUAUGUUACACCUGAGAAAUUUGCUUUCUGGAAGGAAUAUGGAGAGUCUAUUGGAUUCCGAUAUGUAGCCAGCGGGCCUUUGGUUCGAUCCUCCUAUAGGGCCGGAGAGCUUUUUGUUAAGACAAUGGUGAGAGAAAAGGCAAAAGACAUUGUUGCCAAAUCCUAGUGGCACCAUGUCACCCAAGUUUGAGUCCAUAACCAGUGACAGUCGCCCUAUGAAGACUUGCUUUCACUGCGGCUCCGGUGGGUUCAUGUAACCAAACCACUCUCUUUUUAUGGUUGGUUUUAUUUCAGUCCACUUCGUCCUAGACUGAUGCCAAACUCAGUUGGCUGCCUGCAUGGGGUUUCAAGUACAGCAUGUUCCAGUCUGAUGAGCAUUAUUGAUACUGUUGUCAUAGAAAUUUAAGUGUAUCGUUUAUUUUGAAAGAAGUUAGGGUUAGAUACACGUAGGUAACUUGCAGAAACAAUUUGCUUCCAGCAAGUCUCUCUCUCAUUGCCUGAGAUGGUUGUUUUAUGCCGGAAUUGCGUAUUGAAUUCAUUUUAUAGCAAA